AUGGCGCUGCUUGGUCUGCUCGUGCUAUUGCAGCUGCGGUUGUUCGUCUGCAUUUUUUGCCUUCAGCACGGCCUGCAGGCCCGGGCCGUCGAGCACCUGCCGGCGCCGGGCUGUCGGUGCUUCAACGUGUCUGCUGCAGACGCGUCCGAGGGGCCGGAUCGAGCCGGCCUGGUGUGUGAGUGUGCUGGAUGGCAAAAGGCGGCGGGCAGCUGGAGCGACGCGUUCGCCUGGGCCAGCCUGCGGCAGGCGUGCACCGACACACCGACGGCCCUGCUCGACCUGCGGCUGGUGGACCUGCCGUCCGGGGUCGAUCGACCCGGCCGGCUGCCGGAGGCCGGCUGUGAUUGGUCGCGCCGCCUGGUCAAUCUGUCAGUGACCGGCGGACUGACCGGCCUCGAGGCGGCCGGCUUCGCAGGCCUGGCGCGCCUGCGCCGGCUCAGUCUGUCGCGGCACGCCCGCCUGACGGACUACGGCGAGGCGGUGUUCGCCGGCCUGGCCGGCCUCGUGGAGCUGGCGGCUGUGGGGAACCCGGUGCGCUCGCUGGCCAAGACGACGCUGCGCGGGCUGGCCGGCCUCGAGGAGGUCGUGUUCUCCGCCAACCGGCUCGGCUUCCUGCCGGCCGGCGUGUUCGCCGAGGCCUGUUGCGCCGGUCUGCGUCGCCUCCGGCUCGACGGCAAUCUGUUGACAGUGCUGGAGGCCGACCUGCUGACGGGCCUGUCGCGUCUCGAGGAGCUGGACCUGCGCGGCAACCCGAUCCAGCGCAUGGACACGGGCCUGUUCGCGCCCUGCCGCGACAGCCUCGUCCGUCUCCGCGUCAGCCACGACGACCGGCUCGCUUUCGGCGGCUUCCCUCGUCUGGCCGACGGCCUACUGCGCGACUUGCGUCGCCUCCGUCUCCUCCAAUUGGACGAGCUUAAACUGACCCAUUUCGGACCGGACGACCUCGUCGGCCUCGUCAGUCUCGAG